AUGGCGGCCAUCGGUCUGCGAUGUUGCAUCCAGAAUCUUAGUAGGCAUAAGAGAAUAUGGCCUAACAUUAGCCUACUAUCAAGUUCAAACAAAAUUAACACUUGGCAGAAUUCAAGACUAUUGUGUACGGCAUCUCCUGUCAUAGAUGCUCAAGAUCAGAAAAAAGAAGUUGAAACCAGAUUAACUGAUUAUGGUCGUUAUCUACUGGAUAUUAUACCAAAGUACUUACAAGGCAUUAAUUUAGCACUUGGCGAUGAGCUGGAAUUAUUAGUAUAUCCAGAAGCGCUCAUACCGACGAUGAUAUUUUUGCGUAACCAUACGAAUGCACAAUUCGAAUCGUUGGUCGAUAUCACUGCUAUCGAUGUACCGAAGCGAGAAUAUCGUUUUGAACUCAUCUACAACUUGUUAUCAUUGCGUUAUAAUUCUCGUGUUCGUGUUAAAACGUAUACCGAUGAAUUAACACCAAUAGAGUCAAUCACACCUAUAUUUCCCGGUGCUAACUGGUUUGAAAGAGAAGUAUGGGAUAUGUAUGGUGUUUACUUCGCUAAUCACCCUGAUCUACGUCGAAUAUUAACUGACUACGGAUUCGAUGGCCAUCCACAAAGGAAAGACUUUCCGUUAUCUGGUUAUACAGAGCUCCGUUAUGAUGACGAAUUAAAACGUAUUGUUAGCGAACCCGUCGAAUUCGCUCAAGAAUUUCGUAAGUUUGAUCUAGAAACCCCUUGGGAGCAAUUUCCUGCAUAUCGAGAAGAAAAUCGUGCAUCUUUGGAAGCAGGCGAAGAGAUCAAGGAAGAAAACCAGAAAAAGUAG